AUGAGGCAGAUGAGUUCACGGGUAGUGUUUAUAUUGUGCAUUUCUGUAGUAUUGUUGUUUGGACUUGGAUUAUAUUUUAAAAACUAUGAACUACCAUAUACUCUUCGGAAUGAAAAUUACGCGCUUAAUGGCCAGCCCGUCAACAAGGAGCCCGAGGAUUACAUGAUCCCCGAUCUGGAGACUCUUAAACAGAUGUCAGACCAGAAUUUGAUGAGCAUCUACUGGACGUACAUCAACAGACUACAAGUGUUGUGUAAAGAUGUGAUUCGGGUCGGAAGUCUGAAGGACGGAGGAAAAGAAAUCUGUAUUGAUGAACAAUACAAACCAAAGCCACCAUGUUUAGUGUACUCGUUUGGAAUCAAUAACCAGUUCGACUUUGAUAAAGACGUCAACAGAAUGUUUGGGUGUGAUGUAUUCUGCUUUGAUCCGAGUAUGAAGAAAAGCAGUUUUCGGGUAACCGACCAAAUUUGGUUCUUCAACUGGGGACUAGGUGGAGAAAACUUUGUCAACAACAAAGGAUGGGAUAUCAAAACACUGGACGUCAUCAGAAAGGAGCUGAAUCAUACAGAUAGGCCUAUCGACAUAUUAAAAAUUGACGUAGAAGGGGAUGAGUGGUACACAAUUCCACAGAUGGUCUCUUCCGGGGCUCUUGAUGACGUCAAACAGAUCUCCAUGGAAACACACUACAUUUCCGAUAGGCCUGGAGGAAAGUUGUGGGGCAGCCAUCCACUUCCUGCUGCUGACGAGUUAUACUCAUUUAGACUGUUAUAUGACAAAGGUUUUAGAAUUUUUAUGAGGGAGAGAAACAUGUGGUCACAUUUUGUAUGGCCAGGUCUCAAUCGGUUUAUUACAAAUGUUAAUGAAAUAUCUUUAAUAAAAUCAGUGACGUGAUUGUGUGUUUGAUCUGAUUGGUUUAUAACUUGAGAAUGUGUAAGGCGGGUCGAAACUUCAAUCCCAAGGGUACGUGCAGAAUCCGGUAACGAGAAGGCUACUAGAUUUGUUGUAUUUCUUUAUAUACAAUUCAUCAAACAGUGCUGCAUAAGUGUUGACAGACGACCACGCCAUGAAGUGCAGUAAUUUGAAGUUAACGUGAAACAGUUUACAAGAAACAUCGACGUUUAAAGCUUUCAAAAUAUUAUUAUUGUAAUAUUUUUUUUAUAAAAUUUAUAUAUCUUAUUUUGACUAUGUUCCUUUAAAAAUCCAUACUUUUGAU